ACCAUGCAUUCCACCAUAUAUAGUGACCUUUAAGCUGCUGAUGAAAAUCACAAUUAAGAAGAACAACAAAUUCUUGAAAGUUCAUUCGAUCUCAACAUUCUGAGAUAGACUUGAACUUUCAUUCUUUGUUGUUGAAGAAAUCCCCUUUACAAGCCUUAAUUUCUAGUUCUCUUAAGAUCCAAAAAGAACACAGGUAAUAAUGGUGUUCAGUGGAACCACGGAGAAAUGCAAGGCUUGCGAUAAGACUGUUCAUUUCAUUGAAAUGAUCACAGCUGAUGGAAUUUCUUAUCAUAAGACAUGCUUCAAGUGCAGUCACUGCAAUGGACUUCUUCUGAUGAGCAGCUAUUCCUCAAUGGAUGGAGUCUUGUACUGCAAACCUCACUUUGAUCAACUCUUCAGGGAGACUGGCAGUUUUUCUAAGAAAUUCCCAACAUCUGGAGACAAGAAAAAUGGACUGGCAAGGGCUCCUGGCAAGCUUUCCUCCAUGUUCUGUGGCACCCAAGACAAGUGUGCACGCUGCAACAAAACAGCAUACCCUUUGGAGAAGGUGAGUGUGGAGGGAGAAUCCUAUCACAAGACAUGCUUCAGGUGCUCUCAUGGGGGUUGCUACCUUACACCCUCAUCCUAUGCUGCUAUUGAAGGCAUUCUUUACUGUAAGCCCCAUUUUGCUCAGUUGUUCAAGGAGAAAGGCUGCUACAAUCAUCUCAAAAAGGGUGCCUCAGUAAAGAGAAAUGAUGCAAAUGCACCUGAAGCAGAAGAAUCCAAAGUUACAGUGGUAUCAGAACCAGAUACUGAAGUAGAAACAGAAGCUAACUCCGAGGCAGUCCUUGCACAAGAGCAAUCAUAAUCCAUGAGAAAGUACAUGAUUAGUCCUCAAUGUUGUCCCUGUUCAAUGAACAUUUUCGUUUGAGUGGGGUUUGGAAGUUGUUUACAGUUUCAAAACCAAUGGGGAAGUUUGGUUGUCUCUUUUUAUUAUCAGGGGCAAGAUGAAGGAAAAUGAAGUACAGAAUUCUCUCAUGGGUAGGAAUUUUUCCAAAUGGCAGUCUUGUUGAUCCAAAUGUAUAGGGGAUUGGCCGGUACCAUUUAUUUGCAGCGUCAACUGUGUUAUCCAUUAUGAUUUUGCAUUGUUGAAUUAAUAGAUUAUGAGUUUAGCUCA